AUGAAUCCCAAUAUUCCUCCCAAUAAUAACCCCUCACAGCAGCUGUCAUCUGCGGUGUCAGUGUCUCCUGUGACGUCAUCUGACCCCUCAGCCUCCAGCAAUACAGCCCUCCAGACAACUCAAAAAGUUGCCUCGGCCGUGGAUAAUGUCCAAGGGAAUUCUCUUUACUUCAUGCCCGUCGUGAUCACAUUUCUAGUAUUCGCAAUGCUGUUUCUGCUAAUCAUAAUAGUGUACACGUUGCUGAUCAGGCGGUCGGACAACUACACUAGCAAUUUGACGGCCAUGAUAAACGACAAACAAGUUACUGGCGUCGGAAACGAAGCAUCCAAGAAUGACCCCCUGGAUAAUGUGGCUCCGUCAGUGUACUUGAACAAGUCUCUGAUCCCUCGGGUGGAGACCAAGUUCAAGACGGAGUCCGCACUGCGAUUCACCAAACAGAAGUCGGACAUCAGGUCCACAAUAGAUGGCCGAAAGAUCAAGAAGUACAAGGACACUGGCAGAUAUGCGCCGCCGUGUACGAAUAGAGUGUGUUGGCGUGUGCCGCGGGUGGUCGUUUAUAAUGACUACUUCGUGGAGGUGCUGAAGACCACAAGGCCACAACUGAAACAGAGGAAGAGUGGCAAAAAGGGCAACGAGGAAGAAGAGGAGGAUAUGGACACACUCUCCAAAGGGCCCCCAGUUUUGGACAUGUACGCCAGUGAUGACAAUAGCGAAAAAGAUUCAGUCUACCAAAGGGGCAAAAAGGUAGAGAAAUCUAGCCAACGUAAACAACAAAAAAGCUCAAAAUCAGCCAAAGACAACGAAAGCAUUCGUUUGUCUUCAAGUUCAGAAGGAGAGAAAACCGACAACCAACUGGUGCCUGCGAAAGACGAGUCAAGCCACGAAGUUGCGUUCGGAAAAGGCACCGGAGGCAAAAAGAGGUCAUAUGUUCGGGCUUCGGUGAACCAAUCAAUGCCGAAGAGUGGCAUGCAGCCCGAGAGAGCAGUUGCAGAAAAACGAAUGCCUUAUUUCAAUUAAAGUCUUAAUUUUCCCCAAAACCCUUUGAUAGCUAAUUUUGUAUUUUUCAUUCGCACAUUGCUCG